AUGAAGACUGACCUGAACUUAUUAUUGGAGUGUCUGAAGUAUCAAAUGGACAAUGCUUUUUCGCAAAAGGAAGCUCUGGUCACUAUUCAUUCAAUUUGCCAACAAAACAGUAAUGCAGGUCUUUAUUUUCGGGAAAUUGGUGGUUUGAUGUUUGUAAAAGAUCUUGCAAAGUCAAGUGAACAUAGUAUGGUAAAAGAAGCAGCAUUAUAUACAUUAGGAGCUGUUGCAGAACAAAAUGUUUACUGUCAGCAGACUUUGUGCACUUCAGAAUUGUUUGAAGACUUAACUUGGUUCUUAUCUAACAAUGAUUCAAACACAAAUUUGAAAAGAAUGUCUGUCUAUGUUAUUUUGGUUCUAGUUUCAAAUAAUAGGACUGGACAGACGCUUGUGAGAGAAACAGGUUGUAUUUCAGUUCUAUCACAGUUGUUCAAGACAGUCCUUUCAAAAUAUGAGUUGAAUUUGUCAGAUGAAAAUGUUUUCCAGAGUUAUCAGUUGUGGUCUUCAGUGUGUAGUACUCUGUGUGUCUGUGUCAACAAUCCUCAAAAUGAUGAAAAUCAAAUGCUUUGCUCUUCACUUUUUCCACAUGCUAAUGACUGGCUAAUAAAUUGCACGAAACCUGAGAUAAUUCGCCCUAUUUGCUCAUUUAUUGGACUCACUCUUGCAAAUAACACAUACGUGCAGAAAUACUUUAUAUCUGUGGGUGGACUGGAUAUAUUGUCUCAAGUUCUUGUGCAGUUGGAAUCUGAUUCACACAAGACUCUUUCCAGUGCUAAGCUUGCAGUGGUGGUGACAAAGACAGUGGAUGCAUGUAUUGCUGAUAAUCCUACUUUUGGGGUAGUACUAUCCAAGUACCACAUUGUUUCAAAACUUCUAGCAUUACUGCUUCAUGAAAGUCUGGAUUCAGGAGAAAAAUUUAGUAUCAUACUUACUGUUGGUCAUUGUACAGAGGAUUGUGAGGAAAAUCAGUAUGACCUUUUUAAAAGCAAUGGGCUUCCACUCAUGAUACAAGUCUUAACUGAAUCUCAGGACGAGGAACUAAACAAAGCUGCCACUUUUGUGCUUCACAACUGCAAAAAAAUUACUGAGAAGUUAUCUCUAAGUCUAGGAGAAUAUUCUUUUGAUGAAAAUGAAGAACAAUUAAAGGACAUAAAUAUGAAAGACAAGAAUCUUGAAGAUUACUGGAAGAAAGCGAAGGAAAUUCUACACAGAAUAGAACAGCUUGAAAGAGAAGGAAAUGAGGAAAGAGUACAAAGAGAAAAAUAUAAGGAUUAUGUUUCAUCUAUGAACAUAAAUAUUCAAAAUACAUUGAAACACCUCCAUGCAGAUAGCAGUGGUGGAGGUUCCAAAGCAGAAGAUAGGGAUAAAAGCCAGUCUAGAAAGCUUCAGAGUUAUAAGUCCCAUGAAGUCAUGUCCAAAGCAUGUACAAAUGAUGAUCAAAUGAAGACCCUGUUAAAGAGUGCAAAUCCAGUUAAUGCUUUUUAUAGGGAGAGUGAGCAAAAUAAGACUUUAUGUAAAGCCAAUUCAAGCUGCAAUCAAAACUUACGUGAAGAAACAACCUUUGAAAAAAAGAAUUUUGUUUCUCAAUCAAGCGACCAUAUUUUUAAACAUCCAACUCCUAUUGGCAAAAACACAAAGCAACAGUUACCAGUAACAGAUCCAUUGACAUUAUGUUCAGAUAUAAUAAAUAAAGAAGUCAUUGGUUUUCUAGCAACAGACAAUUGUUCCAAAAUAUUGAAGUAUAGAUGCUCAGGUUGCAUAGCAGUAGGAAAAUCCCUGAAUAGCCGAACCUUUAGCAAGCUCUUACACUCUUGCCCAUACCAAUGUGAUCGUCACAAAGUCAUUGUGGAAGCUGAAGACAGAUAUAAAAAUGGACUAAGGAAAUCACUUAUCUGUAACAAAAAAAUUCUGCUGACCCCACGUAGAAGAGGAAAACUCAAUAAUGAAUCUACUACCCCUGGAGGAAUAAUACACGGGCCUCUCACUGUUGUGGCCUCUCCCGUUGCGGAACACAGGUGCUCCGGACGCGCAGGCUCAGUGGCCAUGGCUCUUGGGCCCAGCCGCUCCGCGACACGUGGGAUCUUCCCAGACCGGGGCACAAACCCAUGUCCCCUGCAUCAGCAGGCGACUGUCAACCACUGCGCCACCAGGGAAGCCCAAUAA